CGCUCUCUCACUCUCUGUCUCUCUCUCACUCUCACUCUCUGUCUCUCUGUCCCUCCCCAUGUCUUCCAUCCAAUUGGCAGGGGGCAUAGGGGAGGUAGACCCAGGGAGCUAACCUACGGAAACUGUAGACGGUCCCUUAUGCAUUUUUAACAGCUCAGCAGGUGAUGGGAACAGAGCGGAGGGACAGUUUGUCCACAGAUAGAGUGACCAGCAACUGAUCGGGCUGGUCAUGUGACACACACCCUGUGUCUUGCCCUGCCUUACCGUGACCCUGGCCGUAAGGAGACGAAGUGGAAGGAGUUCAACCAUCAAGGGCCUCGUUGUCAUGUAUCUGUUCCUCGGUAGACUGUGUUGAAGGUACUGAAGCAGAAAUGCCGGGGGCCAGUGGGGGCAACGUGGAGGGCUCGUGCCAAGCCCUAUGCCAGACCCUGAUAUCCCAGAAUGGCCUCCAGAGGGAGACGGCUGACAUCUCUCAGUCGGUCCUCUACACCUCGCUCAUGGGCCUGCUCCUGGUCACAGAUAAUGAGAAAGAGCAGCUAAACUUGGGGAGUGGAAGAGUUGGCCUUAGGAAUGUAGGAAACACUUGUUUCCUGAAUGCAGUGGUCCAGUGCUUGUCUCACACGCCCGGCUUGAGGGACUACUGCCUCCUCAAGACGUUCAGACAGGAGAAGAGCUCCAAGGAAGAGGCUAAACUCAUGGAAGCGUUCUCUCGGGUGCUGGCGGGCCUUUGGGACGUGGACGGGGAGGACACAGAGGUCAAUCCACGACAGUUUUACUCGAUCUUCAAAGAAACAGUGCCUUACUUUAGCGGCUACAGUCAGCAGGACGCCCAGGAGUUCCUGCGGUUCCUAUUGGACAGACUACACACUGAGGUCAACAGACGUGUGUGUGUGCGACGAACAGGCAAGGAGCCUGUACAAAAAUAUGCCAAAUUCAGAAUCUCAGAAGAGGCCGCGGCGAUGUGGAAGAAACACUUGGAGCGAGAUGACAGUAAAAUAGUGGACCUGUUCUCUGGCCAGCUGCGCAGCUCCCUCCACUGCUCCGUGUGUUCCCACCACUCCAACACGUUCGACGUCUUCUGUGACCUGUCCCUCCCCAUGCCCAAGAGGGGCUCCACCGGCGGGGUGACGCUCAGGGAGUGUCUGGACCUCUUCUCUCAGGAGGAGAAGCUGGACAAGGAGAACGCACCGAUGUGUGAGCGGUGUACCAGGCGAACACAGAGCACCAAAAGGCUUUCCAUACAGAGGUUCCCUCAGGUCAUCGUUAUCCACCUGAACCGUUUCACCAUGUCCCGCUGGUCCAUCAGUAAAAGCACAGUGUGUGUGUCAUUCCCACUACUCAACCUCGACCUUGGACCCUAUGGACCUGUUGACUGUGGUGCAGUGUUGUAUGACCUGUAUGCCGUAUGUAACCACUCUGGGACCGUGAACAUGGGCCAUUACACGGCUUGUUGUCGGGAGGACAAUGGAUGGUGCUUCUACAAUGACUCCAGUGUGACUCCAGUCUCGGAGAACCAGCUCCAGACAAACCAAGCCUAUGUGCUCUUCUACCAGCGCACUAACAGCAAUUCCACUUUAAGGAAAUAAACCUCACGCCGGCUGGAUGACCUUAUAACAUCUUGCACAGCCAAUCAGGGCCGCUUUACCUCAUUGUAUACCAAACUAGUAGACACAGCUUUACACUAGCUCUGGCACCUCUGACUUUGUCAGCUAAUGCGGACUGAAGUGUUCAAUUUUCUCGUUACUUAAGGGAAAUAAUGAGGAUACCUGAUAUGUAAGAAGGCACUCGAGGGAAUUUAGAGGGAAAAGCUAUUCUUGUUGCUUACAGAAUAUUUUGAGCUGUACUGGCCAGCUCUUUCCUCAAGGGACCUAGUUCUACAAAUAGACACACUCUCCGUUUGCUGCUAUGAUUUAUUUAGGUUGGCUCGAUAUCAAUGGACUUAAUCAUGUGGAUAUAACACCUGGAGUAUGUAGACGUUAGAGGAUUAACUAUGGCACAACUUAAAGAUUCAAAUCAGGUUUAAGAAGUCUUGAAAAAUAGCUUUAAACAUAUAAACUGAAUGUAUGCCAUUGUAACCCAUAUUUCAACAUGACAGUUAGUUAUGUUAUGUACUCUAAAAAGUGUUAUUUGUUCUUUAAAGGACUUAAAUACAGUAAUUGCUUGACUAAUGCAUACAUUGGGUUAGACACCUUUUUUUAAGAUAUAUUUUAUACUUCACUGUUCCCUGACAAAAUACUGAAUAUUGUGACAUUUAGAUGACGGCUGACCACCCUGUAUUAUACCACUCUGAACCAAAAAUAAAGUUCCAUUUUACAAUUUGCCUGAACUUUACUGGCUGCCUAAGGCGCGCAUGCGUAGUGUGUACUGUGUAGUGGGCGGAGCUUCUCGUCGGUCAGGAAGAGGAGAAAGGCGGACACAGCAACUUCAAACUGUUAUAUUACAUACUUAGUCGUAACUAUUUAGUUCUUUAAAACUAGCGUCAGUUCCUUUAUUAAAUUCGGAUGGACAACGGGUUGUACAAUUGUCGUUAGUAGCAUUGAAAGAACCAUACAUUAGAUACUCGUCACUAAAACAACACAAAACACGAUUAGCUUCGAUGCUAGCUAACGCUAGUUGGUUUGACAGGCCCGGGCCAGAACCAGAACCCAGCCCGGGGUGUUCCGUGUUAAACAUCCAGAACCAGAACCCAAUCCGGGUUGUUCGGUGUUAUACACCAAUAACCAGAAGCCAGUCUGGGGGAUUCAUUGUUAAAACACCAGAACCAGAACCCAGCCCUGAGGGUUCCGUGUUAUAACACCCAGAACUAGAACCAGAACCAGAACCCAGCCCUGAGUGUUCAGUUUCAAACACCCAGAACCUAGCGCGAAGUUUUCCGUGUUAAAACACCCAGAACCAGAACCCAGCCUAGGGUUUUCCAUGUUAAACACCAAGAACCAGAACCCAGCUCAGAGUAUGAGUUUAUAGGGUAGGAUUGGAUACUGGGGAGGGCUAAGAAAAAUACAGGGGAUGCCUUAUUUCUAAAUAUCCAGUAGGGUUGCCGCGGUGUGGACAUUUUCAUACCGAGUAAUACGCUCGUGUCAACACCGGUAUUACCGGUAUAAACGGUAUUAACUUUGAAAUAUAGGUCAACCGCCAUCUUCUCCGUCAACUCUCCUCACACUCGGUGACAGCGGCUGGCAGCGCGCCAAUUCUCGGCGUCUUAUAACGUUCUAUAUAUAAUAGUAUAUCAUACAACGGGGGACCUAAAUCCAGCGAUCUGAUUGGUUCCCAACUGUUGUAUAAUGAGCGUAUACAUAACUGCUAUGACGCCCGAUCAUUUUGUGAAAGUUUGCAUAUCACUCCGCACCUGGAAGUAGAAACAGUUACAAAGUAAAACAUAUGUUGGAUGAUGGAGAGCAGUGGCGUGCACUGGUAGACCCAAGGCGGUGCUAUAGCACCUGUCCUUUUCCCCCUGGCCCAAUCAAGUGCCCUUUUGAAAAAAAUAAAAUAAUCAGAAAUAUUUUUUAUUUUUUUUUAAACAGUGCAUGUGGCCCAUGCCAACAUUAUCAUAUAUAAAGGCUUGACAAUUAAAAACGUGUGAUAAUAAUGCCCCAAAAUAUAUCCCCCCCCCCCCCUUCCUCGCACACACGUCUCUUCCUUUGUCAACGUGAACGCGCAGAGCGGACACAAACGGUUGCAGCAGCACAUCACAGCUGCUGCCCACACACACCUACUCCCCUGCCCUGCCCAACCAGCGAUGUAACACAUAAAUUAAUUUUGUCUAGAGUGUAUUGUUUGCACCCUAAUCCUCCUUUCUGGAUACUGUGACUGAGGAGCUAAACAGGAGAUUCAACACUGGAAGUCCCACUGCUAGAAUCAUUCAGUCCUUCCACCCCUUAACGGUACAUGCCAACUGGGUAAGCACGCCAAACUCAGAAGCCAAGGAAGCUGUCCGCAUCCUCUGUGAUCUCUAUGGAGAAGACGAGGACCAGCUAAAGACAGAACUAAAGGUGUUCCACUCCAGCUUUCCUGCAAAGGACCUCAAAGAAAUCUUUGCCAUACUGAGGGAAAACAGUGGCCAGCUCAUCUUUCCUGCUAUUGUGAAGAUGAUAAAAAUCGAUGCAACAUUGCCAGUGACAAAUGCUUCUGUGGAGAGAUCAUUUUCAAAGCUGAAAAUGAUCAAAACUAAACUAAGAAGUCUGUGUGGAGAAGAACGGCUCUCUGACCUUCUCCUGCUUGCUAUAU